AUGCGGGCGGAGGCCACGCCGAGCAAGUCGAUGGUCAUCCUCCCGCGAGACGUCUGGGCCCCGCCGAUCACUUCAAUUGACACCAGCACGGUGUGGGCUGUGGGAUCGACGGUCAAGGUCUCCUGGGACUCGUCCACUCGUCCGAAGCACGUUACGAACUGGGAGGGGAAGUUAGUCCUUGGAUACCUGGAGGAUGGGGACGAUUCGAAUGAGCACCUGAACUUCGAUCACCCAUUGGCGCAGGGCUUCAACCUGACGCAGGGCCAUGCCAUGGUACGGGUUCCCAGCGUAACCCCGGGGAACGAUUACAUCGUCGUUUUGUUUGGUGACUCGGGAAACCGCAGUCCGACGUUCACAAUUGUGAAUUGA